GCGUCGUGAUCAUCAUCAUCAUCAUCAUCGGAUCUAAUUGGAUUCCUUUGUGCCUCAAAAGUCGAGAUCCGCGAACAGAGAGGGGCCACGUGAAACGACACGUCGUGGCGUGUGGGCACCGCGUUUGGCCUUUUUGCCCUUUGCGCUUAUAAAAGUAUGCGUUUGAGUUUGGGUGCCAAGGUAUCGUUGGGUGUCAUCGGUGUGAGUCUCAUAUUGGCAGCGCCUAAGAUGUCGCAGUUGUUGGACAAAGCCAAAAACUAUGUUUCGGAGAAAGUCACGAACAUGCCGAAGCCGGAGGCGACUGUGAACGACGUGGAUUUCACGCGCGUGGGGCGCGACGGCGUCCAGUACUUGGCCAAGGUCUCUGUUUCCAACCCUUACUCCACUCCCCUCCCCAUUUGCGAGAUCAAAUACUCCCUCAAGAGUGCUGGCAGGGAGAUUGCAUCGGGGACAAUACCUGACCCAGGGUCGUUGAAGGCAAAGGACACAACCAUGUUGGAUGUUCCAGUGAAGGUCCCUCACAGCGUGUUGCUGAGUCUGGCAAAGGACAUUGGUGCAGAUUGGGACAUCGAUUAUCAAUUGGAUCUUGGUCUCGUCAUCGACCUUCCUGUCAUUGGCAACUUCACCAUUCCCCUUUCUCAAAAGGGUGAGAUCAAGCUCCCCACCCUCCGAGACAUGUUUGCCUAAUCCUACUUUUCUUUUAUGUUUCCAUAAUCCACAUCAUACUAUUUCAAAUCACACAUAUACAUAUUUGCCUUUCCCAAUAAUUUCCUUGCUGCUUCAUGCUCUUUCUUGUAACCCCUUUGCUCUACUUACUUUUACUCGUUUCAAAAACUUACUCAGCUUUUCCAUCUUUAAGGUUACAUAAUUAUCUCUCA